UAUAAAAGGAGGAAAUUACGAGGAAACUCUGUCACCAUAUUUUCAGAAGAUCGAGGAAACACAAGAACUGAUAGAGCAUGAAACUAAAGCCACUCGAGCGUCUCCUCAUUUAUGCAAUAGAGAGUCUCAUGUUUUAAAUUCAGAAUCUUUUAAUGGAUGUUCUGUUGGUGGGGAAUUAAUUUCUGAUGAAGCACCUAAAAACAAUGUGCAAAAAGUUUUAGAGGCAAACAGCGUAAAUGAUAGUUGCUCAUCAUCAAAGUCAAAUAUGGAGCAUCUGUCAGCAGUCAGAAUAAUGUCCGAAAGUAGUGCACCUAAUCUCGUAUAUAAAAGGAAGAAAUUAGGAGGAAACUCUGUCACCAUAUUUUCAGAAGAUCGAGAAAACAAAAGAACUGGUGAUUAUCGUUCUUUUGUAAAUUUUAUCGUUCCUUCAAUUGCUGCUAAGAAACAACUUGUUGAUUUGCACAUAGAGCAUGAAACUAAAGCCACUCGAGCGUCUCCUCAUUUAUGCAAUAGAGAGUCUCAUGUUUUAAGUUCAGAAUCUUUUAAUGGAUGUUCUGUUGGUGAGGAAUUAGUUUCUGAUGAAGCACUUAAAAACAAUGUUCGAAAAGUGUUAGAGUUAAACAGCGUAAAUGAUAGUUGCUCAUCAUCAAAGUCAAAUAUGGAGCAUGCUUCAACUUCCAUGAAGACUGAAGUAGAUGAAAAUGGUGAGUGCUCCUCUUCUAGUGUGAUAGUCAUGGAAGCUGUGGGAGACCUGUCUGAAAAGGAUCUAUGCAUCUCUAUUCUUAGAAGCCAUGGACUGCUUGGGGAUGUUCAGGCUACCAGGAUUUGUCGUUCUGCUGAAGACACUGGUACCAGUUGCAGUGACAGCUGUCAUCGGUCAUGCAAAAUUUGUAGUCGUGCUGGAACUGCUCUGAAAAUGCUGAUUUGUGAUAAUUGUGAAGAGGCAUUUCACAUGUCAUGCUGCCACCCCUGUAUAAAGAAAGUACCUUUUGAUGAAUGGUUCUGCCAUUCUUGUUUGAGAAAGAAGCAAAUUUUAAAGGAGAAAGUGGCUAGAAAAUCACCGAAUAUCACCAGUGUCAUGUGUAGGAAUGCAUCAUCUAAAGGCCAAGUGAAUCCUAUACUGUUAAUGUUAAGAGACAUUGAGCCAUAUGCAACCAGUGUUCGGUUUGGCAAAGGGUAUCAAGCGGAAGUUCCUGACUGGUCAGGCCCAAUAAAUGAUGAUAUUGAUGGCAUUGGCGAACCAUUGGAAUUAGAUUCUUCGGAGUAUGUUAGAUUGAAUGAGCUGAACUGCAAUAAACCUUCUAGAGUUAGCUCUAUAGGUAAUUGGCUUCAAUGUCGAGAAGUUGUAGAUAGUGCAAAUGGAACUAUUUGUGGCAAGUGGCGCAGCAGGGCUCCUCUUUUUGAAGUCCAAACUGAUGACUGGGAGUGCUUCUGCUCUAUCCUUUGGGAUCCAAGCCAUGCUGAUUGUAAUGUGCCUCAGGAACUGGGAACGGAUCAAGUUCUGAAGCAACUGAAGUAUAUUGAGACGCUGAGGCCCCGGCUAUCUGCAAAACGGCAUACUUUGGAUGGCACCAAGAGUACUGGUGAUUUACAAAACCCCAUAACAGAUGCAAAAAGUAUACAAACUCUAUGAUAUGAUGAGAACUCAAUAAAAGUGUCGAUACAAACCCAGCUUGUUACUCAUGUUGUACAUUUAUUUCAUAUAUAACAAAUUGGGUUAGAAAUUUUCACCGCAGUUGAAUGUGUUAUGAUAUAGGCAAGUAUAUGUUUAUGAGCUACUGUCUUGGUGCGCCUCUCGUUUUUAAAGUUUUUAACCUCCUUAUCAGUGUUGUUUGAUUUUCAUCUUUUAAUGGGUGAACUGAAAUGUGGAAUCGAUGGACGAAGAACUACAAAACUAAAU